CAAUGGGUGUAGGCAGUGGCCGUGGCAGCCCCUUAGCCCUAAAUUGAAUCGUUCUUCGUUCUUGCCCUUUUUCUCAUCAUCGUCUUCUUCUUCUUCUUCUUCUUCUUCUUCUCUCAAUACUCUCUGAGAUUGUGUCGUUUCCUCUUCUCUCCGCCGUUCCCUAACGUCUCUUCCAGGGAAAGAUGUUUAGAAUUGCAGCGAAGAAGUUCUCUUCUCUUUCAAUCGCUCCAUGGAGGACGAACCAGGCGGCGGCGGCCACUGCCUCUUCAAUAGUCCCUCGUUAUCUCAACUCCGAUAACGAUUCUUCUUCUCAGCUCAGAUCUUUCCCUUUCACUACCGACUUUCAUAUUCCCACCAGAGGUUUUGCUUCUGAUUCACUUACCCCAUCAAUGGAACACGAUAGCUUAAUCUCGGACAUUCCAGCAACUGUGGCAGCGGUUAAGAACCCAACCUCGAAAAUCGUAUACGAUGAGUACAACCACGAGAGAUACCCACCUGGGGAUCCCAGCAAGCGUGCAUUCGCCUAUUUCGUCCUCACAGGCGGAAGGUUUGUAUACGCUUCUCUGAUUCGCCUCCUUGUCCUUAAGUUUGUGCUGAGUAUGUCCGCCAGUAAGGAUGUGCUUGCUCUAGCCUCACUCGAGGUCGAUCUCUCAAGCAUCGAACCCGGAACCACCGUCACCGUUAAGUGGAGAGGAAAGCCAGUCUUCAUCAGGCGCCGAACUGAAGACGACAUCAAGCUGGCAAACACCGUUGACCUCGGCUCUCUCCGUGACCCUCAACAAGAUGCCGAGAGAGUCAAAAACCCCGAGUGGCUUAUAGUUGUGGGGGUCUGCACGCAUUUGGGUUGCAUUCCUUUGCCAAACGCAGGUGACUUCGGUGGAUGGUUUUGUCCAUGCCACGGCUCCCACUACGACAUUUCUGGAAGAAUCCGUAAAGGACCAGCACCAUACAAUUUGGAGGUACCCACAUAUUCGUUCUUGGAGGAGAACAAACUAAUGAUUGGUUAAGCAAGCGGACUCGAUUUGUAGAGGGGUCCUUGUUUAUUUUGGGAUUCAGAAUUUUUUGUUCUGUUUUAAAGUUCAUAAAGAUAACGUCGAAGAUUUGUGAAAAAAAAAACGUCUUUUUUCAAGUUUGAAUUGAUAAUGUAACUUUAUGUCGAUGGGAUUCUAAAUAAGUUGCCUAGCUUUUGCUGAGCAAGAAAAAUAUGUUGAAUUUUUGCUUAUUCAUUAUUCUCUUUAAAAUUAAACACCUUUGUCAAUGUCA